GUUUAAAAGAACAGUUACAAGAAUUUAUAAAAGAAGAAAAGAAAAAUUUUUUUCAUUCAAAUGAUAGCAUUGUUCUUAAACAGGCCAAAUUUGAAAUUAAUAAUUAUAUAUAUAAUAUUAAUUAUAGAAAGAUUGAUAAGCAAUUAGUCAAACUACAAACCCAAGCUAUUGUAAAAUCAAUUGAUCGUGCUGGUGCAAUUUAUGUUAUAAGACAAGAAAUCACACAUAAAGUAAAUAAAAAAAUUCCUAAUAGUUUAGUUGAUAUUGAUCAACCAACUAUUUUUGAGCCAAUUACUAAAGAGGCUGAUAUUACUGAUCCAACCAUAGUUUCUAAUGCUGUCACAUCUAUUAGAAAAG